GGACAGAAUGUAUCUGUUACCCAAGUUAAUGAAUCUAUGAAUAUAUCUGUUGCAGGAGAGCCCUAGCAAUGUUACUGCAGUCAUCUCUGAGUCCAACAGUACACACGUCAAUAUCACUGUGUCUUGGGAGUCACCAGGUGAUCCUGUCACUGGCUAUGUCAUCUACUACCAGCCUAAGGGAGGACCAGUCAUCAGUGACAGGGUGUCUGGAGGAGAGACAGACACACACUCACUGGAUGGUCUUCAGAGAGGAGUCACCUACUACAUCUCCAUAGUGGCUCUGUCACCUCACCUACCCAGUCCUCUGGUUGGACCUAUCACUGUCAUUGCUACUCCAACUAAUAUCCAGAUUAACAGCACUGUCAUUACCAACCCAAGUACUCACCCCCAAACUACCAUCAUUACCGCCCAAGGGACUGCGCUUUCUACUAGUACUGUGGUUACACCUGCCACUACUACUGCAAGUGUCAGAGGUAACAUUGGCUCAACUACAUCGCUAAAUAUUAGCGUGA